AUGCCACCCUACGGCAUAAACAGCGUCUUCAGCCAGCCGCCGUCACAAGGCAGAGCAGCCCCGUAUCCGUCAAAAACGACAUGGGCACCGCAGCACCAGCAGACCUCACCCGAGUGGGCUUCCCGGCAGAACCCUCCCGUGACGACUCAGGCCGUCGAGUCUCCAAAAGGCCGGAAGGGAGGAUCUGGCGGAGGUCCAUCACGGAGCGGCCUGUCUGCAAGCGUGCAGGCGGUGGCUGCAAGGCUCGAGGCUGGGUCCAAGGGCCCGACAGCAGGAGGAGACUGGACCUCCCACGCUGGGGGCUGCGGGGGUCAGCCAGAGUCCUACCUUCAGCAGGUCAAGCAGAAGUUGUCCGGAACGGCCAAGACGAGCACGGCCCACGUGACGCAUUCCCAGCCUGAUCCUGCCACGAGCAGUGUGGGAACACGAGUGGCGACUCAAGGAUCCGCGCUCAAAGCCUUGUCCGAGCGCUUGGGGAGGGCACGUGGAAUGCCCGGAGGGCCGCAGGCCAAAUCGAAAGCGAAGGCGACCUUCCCGGCAGUGCCCGUAGCACAUGCUUACCGCCACAGCCGCUUGCCAGAAAGUAAAAGGGGCCACGUUCUUGCAGAAGCCAUAGCCGGGGUUUUUGCUGUUUGUGAAGAUAGCUCUGGGCCGAAGUCUGGCACCCUGGCACUGCGAGUCUGCACUGAGGCACGCCGGCGUCCAUCACGAAGCCGCUUUGGUCAAUGCAAAACAGACUCCAAGGGAAUGCCUGUGAGUCUUGCAGAUGUGCACGCAGUCCAAUGGUUCCGUUCACACAUCGGCCUUGUAGGAGACCCUGCGAUCCACCUUAGCGAAAUCUCAGCAAAGGAAUCGAUGCUGGAAAAGGCGCAGGAGGAGAUCCGUGCACUUCAAGAUCAGAAGGCUGACGCUGAGAAGGAGCGGCAGAUGAUCCGCAACGAGAACUCCUCGUACUCCUCCCCAGAGCUGCAGGAACAGGCUGCAGAAAAUCGCCAGCUGCAGUGCUCCCUGAACAUGCAGGAGGAGUUGAGUACAGAAUUGAGAAGACGUCUCUGGGAGGCACGAGAUGAGCUGACUGCUGCGAAGUCCAUGGGAUGGCAGCCAGAGGUGCCGGUUCAACCAAAGGCGCCCGAAACGCAGUCUCCACCAAAGGUGGAACCGCAGGAACUGCAUGCACUGCCAUCGGCGGAAACGGAUCUGGGCUCCGUUCCGACUGUGGAGGUGACCCAGAAUGAGGAUUCCGCAGUGGGACAGGCUUUUCGCCACGAGCAGGAAGUGGCCCAGAACCUGCGCCUUGAGCUGCGAGAGGUUGAGACAGCUGCAGUUGCGACAGCAGAGGCUGCCGAGGCUCGAAUCUUGCAGAUAGAGGCCAUGGAUAGAAGAGGGAGAGUGGCCCUGCACAUGGCCGAAACUGCUGCUGAGAAAGAGGUGGUGCUGAAGCAAGAUGCCAUCAAAGCUGCAUGCGAGGCCGAAGCAGUGCUGGACCAGGCUCGAGGUGCAGAGCAGCGCCUGCGCCACGAAAUCUACGAGCAGUCUCAGGCAGCUUUCCGUGAGAGUGCCGUCUGCGAUGGCCUCCGAAGAGCUCUGAUGAAUUCCGUGGAGCAGGAGAUGGCCCAGGAGGCUUUGCACGCUGCACACACUCGGCCCGCCGCCAAUCCGAUCCCGGAGAGGUCGUCGGAUCCGGCGUCAAAGCCAGCACAGAGACCUGGCGAGGCUCCGGGCGGGUCUCCUGGAGGCCGUGGAGCCCAGCCAUCCCAGCCUUCUCCCCCGAGAGCUUCGCAGCUCUUCGCUACGAAGCUGUCGAACCGGGAGGACCUGAAGCAUGAUCUGAUGUCGCCCAUAGACGUGAAAUCAUGGAUGGAGCCCUCGAUGAUCUCGCAGCCCUCUCUGCUGAGUGCAGCAGCCAGCGAGGCCGCCAGCCUGCGAAAGGAGGCCGAGCAAUUGCGGAAGGAGGUGAAGCACUGGCGUGCUUCGCGCCCAGCUCGUGCUGAGCCCACGGCUCCCAGCGAAGCUUGGCCCGCCUCCCCGGAGGGAGUGUCCAGCACGCCUGUGCCAGCUUCGGCGACAAGCCCGAGGGCAGCACGCGGCGCAUUGAGAACAGAUUCAGAGCAAGGUUUGAACCGAGAGGAUUCAUGGAGGCGGGGCUCGGAAGCCUCCUUUGCGCAGACGCAGGUGCCGAGCCCCCGCUCGCAACAGCUGCCAAAGCUGCAUGAGCAGCCACCCCCGCGGCCACCGCCAGGACGGACGUGA